CCGAUUGCGAUAUCCGGUGUUGGUGUUGAGUUGGAAGCAUGAGUUUCCUAAAAUAUCACGAAAGAGUCCAAGAAGAUGACACUGUCAUACUCUACCUUGGAUAUGAAAAUAUGCAUGCUAUCAAGAUUAAACGUGGUGCAGUUUUUCAAACGAAAUAUGGGGCGCUAAGGCACAGUGACAUUAUAGGGACCAUCUAUGGCAGCCGAGUGCAUUGUCCCAAGGGAUAUCUCUAUGUAUUAUAUCCAACCCCAGAGUUGUGGACCUCAAACUUACCUCAUAGAACUCAGAUUCUAUACUCAACAGAUAUUAGUGUGGUUUCUUUCCAACUAGACCUCAAACCUGGAGCAGUUGUUGUUGAAUCAGGCACAGGAAGCGCAUCCCUAUCUCAUGCCAUCAUCAGGUCCAUCCUGCCAAACGGCCAUCUCUAUACAUUUGAGUUUCACAAAGAAAGAGCACAGAAAGCAGAAGAGGAGUUUAAGGAUCAUGGUCUCUCUGAAUUCGUCACAGUGACACAUAAAGAUGUCUGUCAGUUUGGCUUUGAUCUGGAGGAUGUUGCAGAUGCUGUAUUUCUAGAUUUACCCGUUCCAUGGGAUGCUCUACCGAGUGCCAAAAAAGCUUUGAGGAAACAAGGUGGAAGAAUUUGCUCCUUCUCCCCCUGUAUAGAACAAGUCCAAAAGACCUGUGCUUGCCUAGAUGAGUUAGGAUUCGAGGAAAUUUCAACAAUGGAGUGUCUUGUAAGGAAUUAUGAUGUGAGAACGAUAAACCUGCCUAACCCAGAAUUUUCUAAAGAAAAGUCACAGCCUAACGAUAGCAAAAAAAUGGAACAAGAGGAUAUGGACACAGAUUCACCAGAGGGAGAAAACUCUGUAGUGUGUGAGAAAUCCGGUGACACUAAUAGCAAAACAUGUGACCCAAAAGAUAAAAGUCAGUUUGGGGAUGUGUUGGACAUGCCAUCUUGGGAUUACAUUGGGAAAAAAACGGUUGCGAACUUUACAUUCAAGUCUGGAAUUUCAUUAGGGAGAAUGCCAGGUCAUACUGGAUAUUUAACUUUUGCCACACUCUAUCCAUUAUAACAACAAAUAAGUCAUUCGGAAUAAAAUCAUUACGGUAGUUCAUUAAAA